AUGGGUGCUAUUGAGAAGUUGAGCUAUGAUUAUAUUGUUCUGGGAGGCGGUAGUGGUGGCAGUGGCAGUGCCCGUCGCGCUGCAGGCUGGUAUGGUAAGAAGACAUUGAUUAUUGAGAGUGGUCGCGCUGGAGGGACCUGUGUCAAUGUGGGAUGCGUCCCCAAGAAGAUGUGCUGGAACUUUGCUUCGAUCAAUGAAACUAUGGACGUCGGCAGACACUACGGCUAUGACAUCCCCAAGGACAUCAAAAUCGAUUAUACCCACUUCAAGCACGCCCGCGAUGCCUCAAUCCAGCGUCUGAACGGCAUGUACGAGCGCAACUGGAACCGCGAGGGCAUCGACCUCGUGCACGGCCGCGCCCGCUUCGUCGAGCCCAAGACCAUCGAGGUCGUCAACGAAGACGGCUCCAAGGCGCAGUACACUGCCCCGCACAUCCUCAUCGCUACAGGUGGUCGUCCCAACAUCCCCAAGGUCAAGGGUGCGGAGCACGGAAUCACCAGCGAUGGAUUCUUCGAGAUUGAGGACCUUCCUCCCAAGUUCGCUGUCGUGGGUGCUGGAUACAUUGCCGUCGAGUUGGCUGGUGUCCUCGGUGCUGUGGGUGUGGACACCCACAUGUUCAUCCGAGGCGAGAACUUCCUGCGCAAGUUCGACCCUAUGAUUCAGCAGACCAUGACGGAUCGGUAUGUUGCUGCCGGUAUCAAUGUACACCGUAACCACGAAGGCUUUAAGGAGGUGCAGCUCGUGCGGGACGGAAAGGGCAAGGAUAAGUUGCUGCGUCUGGUGUGCUUAGAUGGCUCUGUGCUCGAGGUCAACGAGCUGCUCUGGGCUGUUGGUCGUGCACCUGAGGUCGAGGACUUGAACUUGGAUAUUCCUGGUGUGAAGUUGACCGACACUGGCUAUGUCACUGUCGACGAGUACCAGAACACCUCGGCCGAGGGUGUCUACGCUCUGGGUGAUGUCACCGGACAAGCUGAGUUGACACCUGUCGCCAUCGCCGCCGGCCGCCAACUCGGCUCUCGCCUCUUCGGCCCUCCCGAGCUCAAAUCCUCCAAACUCUCCUACGAAAACAUCCCCUCAGUCGUCUUCUCCCACCCCGAAGUCGGUACCGUCGGCCUCACAGAACCUGAAGCGCGCGCGCGCUUCGGCGACGACAAAGUCAAGGUCUAUAAGACCAAAUUCACCGCCAUGUUCUACACCUUACUCCCCGACGAGGAGAAGGCCAAGAACCCCACGCAGAUGAAGAUUGUGUGUGCAGGGCCUGAGGAGAAGGUUGUUGGGUUGCAUAUUUUGGGUCUUGGUGUGGGGGAGAUGUUGCAGGGAUUCGGGGUUGCGGUGAAGAUGGGGGCUACAAAGCAGGAUUUCGAUAGUUGCGUUGCUAUUCAUCCGACCAGUGCAGAGGAGUUGGUUACGUUGCGGUAA